AAUACGGGAAUUAUCUGUAGAGCAGUCACCUUCAGCACCAAGAAGCAAGCACAACACAGAUUUAAUCAUUUUUAUGUCAAGCUUGUUGUGGAAAUGCUUCCAUAAAUCAGUUUUACAUUCAGGCAGCUGUUCGGACAGCUUGCGUUGGACCGAGGCGGAUUGUUUUUAAACACAAACGAUCUUUAACUCCGCUUUAUGAAUAUACUUAAACUCUAAAAUUCUGUUAUUCUAAACCUUGCCCGGUUCCGACCCGCAGUUUAUAUUAAAGUUUAUUCUUUAAGCUUUAACUCUGAGUCUGAACCAGAUUAUUUUCUUUAUUUUAUCGGCGCUUAAUCGGUCAGGUGAGGUGUCCUCCCAGUUCUUCUUCUUUGGUUAAAUCAUGGAGCUGGCGUAUGUGUGUGAGUGGGAGAAACGUCCAAAGAGCACCCACUGUCCAUCCAUCCCUCUGGUCUGCUCCUGGUCCUGCAGGAACCUGGUGGCCUUCACCACUGACCUGAAGAAUGAAGAUGAUGACAAAGACAUCAGUCACAUGAUCCACAUCAUUGACUCCGAGCAUCCCUGGGACGUGUUCUCCAUCAACUCUGGCCACAGCGAGGUCAUUUCUUGUCUGGAGUGGGACCAGUCUGGUUCUAGGCUGCUGUCCGCUGAUGGCGACGGUCAGAUUAAAUGCUGGUCCAUGUCGGACCACCUGGUCAACAGCUGGGAGAGGGUCCUCUCCAGCUCUGUGGACGGAGAUCCCAUCGUGGCUCUGAGCUGGCUGCACAACGGCGUCAAACUGGCACUGCAUGUGGAGAUGUCCGGUUCCACCAACUUCGGGGAGAAGUUUUCGCGGGUGAAGUUCUCUCCGUCUCUCACUCUGUUUGGCGGGAAGCCUAUGGAGGGCUGGUUGGCGGUGACCGUGAGCGGCCUGGUCACCGUGUCGCUGCUGAAGCCAGGGGGCGCCCUGCUGACAGCCAGUGAGAGCCUGUGUCGGCUGCGAGGACGCGUGGCAUUGGCCGACAUCGCCUUCACAGGAGGAGGCAACAUCGUGGUGGCCGCCACCGAUGGCAGCAGCUCCUCCCCGGUUCAGUUUUACAAGGUGGUGGUAAGCGUUGUGAGCGAGAAGUGUCGUAUCGACACUGAGCUGCUGCCAUCGCUGUUCCUGCGUUGCACCACCGACCCGAUGAGGAGGGACAAAUACCCAGCUGUCACUCAUCUCAAGUUUCUGACCCGAGAGAACUCGGAGCAGGUGCUGCUGUGUGCAUCCAAUCAGAACGGCAGCAUUGUGGAGUGUUGGUCCCUGAGGAAGGAGGGACUUCCUGUCAACAACAUCUUCCAGCAUCGAUCUCCAGUUGUGGGUGAGAAGCAGCCAACUAUCCUGAAGUGGAGGAUCCUGACGACCACCAGUGACCUGGAGCGAGUGUCUGCCGUGGCUCUGCCCAAACUGCCCAUCUCCAUCUCCAACACCGACCUGAAGGUGGCGUCAGACACCAAGUUCUGCCCCGGCCUCGGUUUGGCUCUGGGCUUCCAUGAUGGCAGCAUCCAGAUCCUCCACCGCCUCUCCCUCCACACCAUGGGGGUCUUCUACGGCUCCUCCUCCUCUGCCCAGCGGCCCGGAGAUGAGGCCGCCAUCAAACGCCAGAGGACCGCAGGCCCCACGCUCCACUUCAAGGCCUUGCAGUUCUCCUGGACCUCGUUGGCCCUGGCUGGAGUCGACAGCCAUGGAAAGCUCCACAUGCUGCGAGUGUCACCCUCCAUGGGUCAGGUUCUGGAGAUGAACACCACACUGCGCCACCUGCUGUUCUUGCUGGAGUACUGCAUGGUGACGGGCUACGACUGGUGGGACGUCCUGCUGCACGUGCAGCCCAACAUGGUCCACAACCUGGUGGAGAAACUGCACGAGGAGUACAUGAGGCAGAACCAGGCACUGCAGCAGGUUCUGGCAACACGUAUCGUAGCUGUCAAAGCCUCUCUCUGUAAACUGUCCACGGCGACGGCUGCCAGAGCAUGUGAUUUCCACGCCAAACUGCUGCUGAUCGCCAUCAGCUCCACCCUCAAGUCUCUGCUGAGGCCGCACGUCCUCAACACGCCUGACAAGAGUCCAGGUGACCGCCUGACCGAGAUCUGCGCCAAGAACACAGACACAGACAUUGAUAAGGUGAUGAUCAAUCUGAAGACGGAGGAGUUUGUGCUGGAUGGUCCUCCCCUUCAGUCACUGCAGCAGCUCAUCCAGUGGGUGGGAGACUUCGUCCUGUAUCUGCUUUCAAACCUGCCCAACCAGGUGAGUCAGGGCUCCAUUGUUCGGCCCGGUUUUGGCUUCAUGAGAGACGGUGCAUCUUUGGGAAUGCUGAGGGAGAUGCUGGUGAUGAUCCGGAUCUGGGGUCUGCUGAAGCCUGGCUGCCUCCCCACCUUCACCGCCAUGUCAGACAACCAGGACAGCAUGCAGCUGCUGUUCAGACUGCUCACCAAACUGUGGCUGUGCUCACGGGACGACGGCCUCCCCCAGGAACCCGAUGAGAGCCUCAUAGAUGAGUGUUGUCUGCUGCCCAGUCAGCUGCUGGUUCCCAGUAUGGACUGGCUCCCAGUGAAUGAUGGUAUUAUCGUGAAGUUGCAGGGAAAGCUUCCACUGCGGCUGCAGUUUGGAAAAGCCUCAUCGUUACAAGGAGCAGGAGGCGCCGCUCCCCUGGACGUCUUCACCAGGAGUCCUGGAGCUCAGAAGAUGGAUAACCUGCGCUGCAUUCACAUGGGCGUCAGUCCCACUGAAGAGAGUAAGGCCUGCACCAGGUGUGGCUGUGUGACGAUGCUUCGCUCCCCCAACAAGACCAAUGCCAUUAAGCAGUGGGAGCAGCGCUGGAUCAAGAACUGCCUGUGUGGGGGUCUAUGGAGGAGGAUCCCGCCCACGUUCUCCUGAACACACCUGAGCAGGUGUGUUCACCCUCACUGUGGUCAUGUAGCUGGACACAAGUUCUGAAUGAAGCAGGCGUAAGGACCAGAACCUCCUGCUUUAAAACCUACGAGGCUGCAGCGCCCCCUGUCUUCUGUAAAUAAAACCUGUUUUUCUAAUAAAGAUUCCAAACUUA